CUGAAUUCUGAGUUUCUGCUAAAGGACUCUUCAGUACACUCGUUUGAUUUCUAAAACUGAAUCGCCUCAUUUUGAAAAAUUGAAACUUUUAGUCUUUGAGAUUCCAUUCUAACUGAUAAUAUGAACAUUCUGAAGAAAAAUAUUGAUAAAAUUUAGCUGUAGAGUUGUUAACACAUGAUGAUCAUCUGAGUUUUUUUCAAAAAAUACAGAACUUUUUUUUUGGUGAUUUUUACAAAACCCUUGAAACCCCAAAAAGUAGGAAGAUGAGUAGUCUUGUUAAUAAUAUUGAAAUUUCUAGUAAAUGUGAUGAGUAUAGUGAUAAAAAAUGUGGGUCUAAUUUUAAUGUUGAAUGUGUAUUGAAGAAACCCAUAGCGAAAGAUUCAGGAAUGGCCCAGGAAGGUAACAGGCCAAUAUGCACACGAUUCCAAAGGUGGGGUAACUGCAGUUAUGGUGAAAGGUGCCGUUACGUUCAUACUGCUGGUGGGUCUACCUAUGGGCCUUUGCAGGGGGGUGGGUAUGACCAAAGUUAUGUUGAGGAAGGAAAGAGUGCAUACCGGGAGAGUGCUGCGAUAACCAUUGUGUCUGGUGGAAAUGAAGUGAAAAAUAAGAGUUAUUCUGAUAAUGUGGAACCCAAGAGUUCUGUGGAUUUUCGUACAAGGAUGAAGACCAGGCUUUGCAACAGCUGGGAAAGGGACGGGAGCUGUUUUUUUGGUGCAAGAUGUCAAUUUGCUCAUGGGAGAGCAGAACUGCAGGGUUAUGGUUCCUCCAAUCCACUGGUAUCGUCGAGCAAUGCUGGCAUUUCUGCUCCUGCCAAGAAGGUUGCACCCAAUGAAGUAGGGUCCAGUGCUCCAGCUGAGCGUAGGUUCAAAUGGAAUGAUGUACGCAAGAUCAGCCAGGUCUAUGGUGACUGGAUUGAGUAGCUGCCUUCCCCAUAAUCAUCAGGCACUGUGGAGAACUAAAGUGCCUGAACUUUAUCUCAUUUGCUCGAACUUUUGGAGUGGUUUAUUGGGUGACUUUUUACAUAUUCAGAGAGACAUUUUGGUAUCUCUGUAGUUUAAGUUUAAAAUGCUGCUUGCGAAGUUAUAUCAUUUUGGAUUUAGUUUUGACAAAAACUGCCUUGUCAUGAUUUUGUGAAGUGUUUACAUAGUUUUACAAUAAGAUAGGUUUAUAUCUGAAGAUGCAAGUAAAAACUAUAGUUUCAGCAUUGAAACACAUUUUAUGGAAGAAGACUUUGUUUAAUGUUGGGCGUCUUGUUAUUUAGACAUGUCCAUGGAGCUCUGUUGUUAUCCCUACCGUGUUUUCCAAAAUUUUCAAAAUCCUACUGCUUUCGGAUUCCGAAAGCUGAACAGUUAGUUGUAAUACUCCAAGGGUGUGUUCGGAACGAAGAAGAUGUUUUCUGGGAAAUGAAGUUGAUCUUUUUACUUAUUUUCUUGGAUUUGGAAGGUGAGUAAAUUUUUUCCAUUAACUUAAAUGCAUUUCUAUAUAAUGUAGACUAAUAAAUAGGAGGCGGGGUUUUUGGGGGGGUGGGGAUAGAAGUCUUGGGUAGUGGGGAUGGUGGCUAACGGAUGGGGUAAAGAUGAGGUGUGUUGGAGGAUAGGAAGACAUAGUCAAUAUGUAAUGUUACAAUCGAUUAGGGUUGUGGUGAAGUCAGAGGUGAUUGUAAUAAAUUAAAUUCUUUUUUUGGUUAAUACUAUAUCAUUGAAUUUUAUGAUUUUUUCACUAUUAUAUUUGCUUUAUAGAUUUAAUUUUUUCUGAUGCUCACUUAAGUCGAGGUUUAUCAAAAGACAUUUACUUUCUCAAACACAUAAAUUAUCUACGUAUUAUCUUCCCAAUUACCCCUCCUAGAAUUACACCACUAUAUUAGCAUG